AGCAACGAGACAUGAUGGUCGCCAUCCUUAUCCAGCGUGGGCGUGUCUCGGCCCUUUUCUGCAACUUUCCUGCCAAAAUUUGCCUUGAAGUUUGAACCACCACCAUUACUAAAUUCGAGUUUCUCUCUCUUCGUGUUUUUUUUUUUUUUUUUACAUUUUUUGUUUGAUCAAGACUCAUGUUGGAUUGUUCCAAAAUCUAAUUCUACCAAAAAAACUGAAUUGUACUACUUCUGGUCCAAAAUUCAGUCAACGAUCGGCCAACGAUGAUUUGCAGGCGGAUUUUGAAGCACCACAAGGCGUGGAGCUCCGGCCGCCGGUGGUGGUCGUGCUCUUACGCCGCCGCGCGCGCCUCGCUGCCGCCCGCGGCCUACCGGAAUGAGUCUCCAUUUCUAGGGUUUUUGACUCAGUUGCGUUACUCGCCACACUCGUCGAUGGGGUUUGGUUCUAAUAAGCGCACUGAUUUGAACAUUGCUCAUGAAUUGAGGGGAUGUUGCUUUUCAACUCAAGCUUCGAUGGAACUUCAAGUCGGUGAGAUAGUUGAUGUACCUUUAGCGCAAACUGGUGAAGGUAUUGCUGAAUGCGAACUUCUCAAAUGGUAUGUACAGGAGGGGGACGAAAUUGACGAAUUUCAACCACUUUGUGAAGUUCAGAGUGAUAAAGCGACCAUAGAAAUCACAAGUCGUUACAAAGGAAAAGUUUCACAAAUUCUCCAUGAUCCUGGUGAAAUUGUAAAGGUUGGAGAGACACUUCUCAAGAUGGUUGUCGGGGAGCUUCUGGCUCCAAUCGAGAUUGUUGGUAAUGUGGAAAAUCUGCAGUCAGUGGUUUCUGAGAUAUGCAACUCAAAUAAUCAAAGUUCAGAGCUUAAGAAGACUAGCAUAGGUGGAGUUCUGUCCACUCCUGCUGUUCGAAACCUUGCAAAGCAAUAUGGUAUAGAUAUAGGUGAUAUCCAUGGAAGUGGUAUGGAUGGAAGGGUAAUAAGAGAAGAUGUCCUGAAAUAUGCUGCCGACAAAGGAAUUAUCAAAGAAGCUUUGGCCUCCUUAAGUGAUUCUUCUGGAGAAAAGUUGUUGAGAGUAGGAGGAGGAGGCACACACAUGUCAGCUGCACAGGGAUGGGACUAUGGAGAUGAGACAAUUAUUUUGAGGGGAUUCCAGCGUGCGAUGGUUAAGUCAAUGACCUUGGCUGCAAAAAUUCCUCACUUUCAUUACGUAGAAGAGAUCAAUUGUGAUGCACUUGUGAAGCUUAAAUCUUCUUUUCAAAAGGAGAAUUCUGAUCCAGAUGUGAAGCACACUUUCCUUCCAGUCUUGAUAAAGUCACUCUCAAUGGCAUUGAGCAGAUAUCCCUUUCUGAAUAGUUCCUUCAAUGACGAAUUGCAUAGAGUCACUGUCACCCUUAAAGGUUCUCACAAUAUUGGUGUCGCCAUGGCUACUCAACAUGGUCUAGUUGUUCCCAACAUUAAGAAAGUUCAGUCUCUUUCCAUCUUGGAGAUUACAAAGGAACUCUCACGGCUACAACAAUUGGCUUCAGUUAACAAGCUUAGUUCUGAUGACGUAUCUGGUGGGACCAUAACUUUGAGCAAUAUCGGAACAAUUGGUGGAAAAUUCGGUUCUCCGCUCGUUAACUCACCUGAAGUUGCCAUAAUUGCAAUUGGCAGAAUCCAGAAGACUCCUCAUUUCGAUGAUGAUGGCAAUGUGUAUCCUGUGUCAGUCAUGAGUAUAAAUAUAGGUGCUGAUCAUAGAGUUCUUGAUGGAGCAACUGUCGCAAGAUUUUGCAACGAGUGGAAGCUAUUCAUCGAGAAACCAGAGCUGCUCAUACUGCACAUGAGAUGACUGGUUAAGGGUAUUCUUCCUCAAUGAGGGAUUGACUUGAUCUGGCAUACUGUCCUGGUUCAAUAAAAAUAUACCAAGUCCACUCAAGCAUCAUUAGUUCAUGAAGACUCGGAAAUGGACAUUUGUUGUUCUGUGCCACAGUGACGGUGAAGCGGAAAUUGAACUUGACCCUCAGAUGGCAUAUGAGCACGAUACAUCUAUCACAUGAACUGAGGGUUUGGAGGUUGGGGUUUGUCGAUGCAAGACCAAGCAAUGUAGGUGGUUGCUUUACCUUUCGUUGUAAAGAGACCAGGCCAAUACUUUUCGCUAUUGUCUGAUAAUAAAAGUUUCCCAUUUGUCCCCUUU